CAAUGCUCCAAAUCGCAUGAAAAUGCACAAAAAUGCUCAGAAAGAAGUUUUAUACCUUAUAAAGUUUGUUUUAAAAGUAACGUGGCAUUUUUAGAACUUUUUUUUCAUCAUUUUUUUUACAAUCAUGAAUUAUUCAGGUAGGCCAAGAUGGUACCAAUAUACAAAUACACUAUAUACAAUACUGUACAACCGGUUGUGAUUUUGGAUCCUAUUCUAAAUAUUAUAAUCGAGUCGAUUUUGUGAACAACGCUAUGUUUUCCAUAUUAAUUUUCAGUAAAUAAAUAUGUAGUUGCAUGCGAACAUUAACAGAAGUGCCCCUAUGGAUACCUAUAUAGUUCUGGCAAAUGUUCAAGGUUCAGACUCUUUGAAAUUUGCGUCUCUGUUUGGCUGAAAUACGGCUAGACUUAGCAAGCUUGUCGGCAUGUAGAUUUUUUCUCUUGUAGACGUCAUUUUGACGAUUACACGAGUAAAAGAUGAUUGACAAUUCAGUGUAUUUUUUUCCGUAUCACAUGAGCAAAAUAUUUACCUAUCAUUAAAAGGCUCCAUGACGAUACAUACCUAAUCGUCAUUAAUUUGUGAAAAUAUAACGUCAAACGCGAAUAUCAGAAAAUAGUUGUUAGCAAUAAAGACAAAAGCCAUGUUAAAACCUUUUUUUAAUAUACGGGGUAUAAUAACCGAUUGUAUUUAAUUAAAGUCCAGAUAAAAUCAAUAAUAUUAUUGAAAACUGCUCUUCAAGUUUUCUAAAUUAAACAUCUUGUAUGUCAAAAUAGCUUAUCCCACAUAGGGCUUACAUUUAGUUUAAUGAAUCUUUAUAUUCAAUUCAUAUAUAUUAGUGAUAAAAUUAUAAUUUGUCUGUUUGUCACUGUAUGAUGCACAGAAAUCUAACUGACCUCGAGUAAGGUUGAACAAAGGUAAACAAUUUGGUAAAGCAGUUAGUUUCGCGGCGUUUAUUAUUAAUUCAGCUAUCGCGUCUCAUUUGGGCAACGAUGAAAACAAUCCUAACACUUACUAUAAGGAAAACGAGUCCUUGACUGGACCGUCACAAAUGAAUUAAAGUUCACACCGACCUGGGAUCACUUGAUUUCAAAAAUCACGAACUGCGGCUGUUUCAUAUACAAGGUCGUUAGUGUCGUGACAAUUAUCAAAGUUUCUACAAUAUUUUUAUUACAAAUCAUGAUUAUAAAUUAUCUACGUAACUUCCCGUGUUACUUUCCCCUACGAUAUUGUUUCAGUCAUAUAAUAAAUUUGAAGAAUGUGCUUGAAGUGAAUCCGCAAUCCAUUGCAAUCAACAGGGACACGGAUUAUGAUAUAGUACUUUGCUAAUCAGAACGGAAAAUUGCGUUUUAGCUUUUCGUAUUAACUGCAAAACUAUUCGAUGACCGACGAACAAAUCCUAUAUAAUAACAGAAACAAAAAUCCACAAUACUUUUCACCACUGUUCCUAUCGUGUCUACGUCUCAUAAAAUUACUUAUUUGUUUAUGAAAAAAAAACUAAGUCCCAUUCUAUUUUUUAUUUAUUGCAUAGAUGGGUGGACGAGCUUACAGCCCAUCUAGUGUUAAGUGGUUACCGGGGCCCAUAGAUAUCUACAACGUAAAUGCCGCCACCCACCUUGAGAUAUAAGUUCUAAGGUUUCAGUAUAUUAUAACGGCUUCCCCGCCCUUCAAACCGAAACGCAUUACUGCUUCACGGCAGAAACAGGCAGGGUAGCGUUACCUACCCGUGCGGACUCAAAAGAGCUCCUACCACCAGCGGCUUAUCCCUAAGUUUUUUUUUCUUAUUAGAUUUAAUGUGAAUUGAAUCCUUAAACUAUUUUCCGCAUUCGUUGACGGACAACAUGCGUCAACUACGCAGCAGACAGUGCGAGCGAGACGCGCUAUUGUUGUUAUUGCCGUCUCGUUUCUCGACCAUGCUUCUUUGUUUUGGCAACGAUAUAAAGGCAGGCCGCGGAAGCCGAGCUCGAAUUUUACCAGAGUGCAGCCGUAGACCCGCAGGCGUUUUGCGUUUCGGUGCGGCGGUAGAUGGGACGUUUAUUAUACAUUAAUUUCUUUCACGUGAAAGAUUUUGACAGCAGUGACCUCUUAGACUGAGGAGUUGUGCAGUGACUGUUUGUAUUGUAGUGCAGUGAUGCGGCCUCCCACGGAAUAUGACAGCGGUGCGCGCUUGCCCGCCGAAGCCGAGGAGCAUGAUCCUAGGGCGCCGGCGAUGAUGAUCUGCGCCAGGCUUGCCGGGAGAGCUAUCAUCAGGGUGGUCGGACGUUGCGAAGAUGCCCAAGAGAAUAGUCAACUCGAUCUAUCAGAGUGUCAGCUGAUGCAAGUUCCAGAUGCAGUAUAUCACCUAAUGAGACACACAGAAUUGAAAAGUUGUGAUCUCAGUGGGAAUGUCAUCACUAAAAUACCUCCCAAAUUUGCAGUCAAGUUUAGUCUGAUUACAGAUCUCAACCUAUCAAACAACCAAAUGGCCAGGCUGCCCGAUGAGCUAUGUACACUUGCUUGUCUACAGCGAUUGGACAUCUCACAUAAUACAUUCGUAGCUUUACCUCACAUAACGUUCCAGUGUCCAAGUCUGCACACAUUGCUCGCACAUCACAAUCAAAUUAUUGAAGUUGAUGUGGACAGAUUAGCAAGAUCUCAAGCCCUCGAAUAUGUAGAUCUUAGUGACAAUCCCAUACCUGCACGGACACAUGAUGACCUGAAACAACUGUCCCGGCCAUCAGUAACUUUAUCUGAUAGACAGAAAGAAGACUGGGAAGAAGAUCUCAUACUCUAAGCAAAAUUGGGCUUGCAUUUUUGGCUGAUAAAUAAUUCUACGAGUCAAAAUGUUGUGCAAUAAUUUAAGUGGUCCUAAAUAAGCUGUGAUCUAUCCAUUAGAGAUGAGAAGAUAGGUAAUUAAACUGUAUGUUUUAACAGAAGGUGAUAUUAUUGAGCUAUAUAGGUCAAUAAGUUCAUUCUUGACACUUCCAUGGCCAUGGAAAUAUAUCAUAAUUACUGAAAUGAAAUGUCACCUUCAAAAGAUCAUGGUAGUGUCACUAACGAAUUUAUUUAUAGCAAUUAAUCGCUCAAAUGAUUUUAACUAAUAUAGAAAUUGUUUUGAAUCACUAAAUUCGAAAAAUUGAUAAUUACAAUUUUGACACAUUUUGUAUAUUUUUGAUACCUAUUGUUUGGAUGGUUAUUAAAUUGAAAUAAAUAUAUCUCUAUGUAUGAAAUACUAGUCCAUCAUUUAGAGAUUAGUUUCCAAUGUAUUUGGAAUAAAUAGAUAUUAAGAGAUUACAUAAAUAUUGAUAAUUAUGGUGCUAUGCUAUCUUGAAGUACGUUGUGUUGCGCGUGUUUGUUAACAUUUGUACAAUAGUUUUAUUGAAAUACUUUUUCUAUUAAACUUUGAACUAUGUGAUUAAAAAUGAAUUAUGACCAGUGAUGUUUCCCAAAGAAAUCGGAAUAUUGUUAUACCUAUCCAAAAGGGUGGGUAUGUUUUCUUAUUUUUUUUUAUAAUAUCAUGGAUUGGUAAUUAAAAUAAGCAUUUUCAUUAAUGCUUCAAUUAAUGUAUUUUAUUUUUGUACAUAAAUCCUUCUUUAUGCCUUUUAAAUACCAUCGAUGGCUAUCCCACAAGACACCCUAAUAUAAAAGAUACCGCAAAUAUAUAAAUCCUUAUCGUAGUAUAAAUAGGACGUUCUUUAUUACGGGAGGUCUCAAUAUGACGGAGCGGAAAGAAAGCACUUUUAUAAUAAGGAAAGAUGUGAAAAGUAAUGAAUUUCUAAUUAUAGAGGGUAAAGAUAAGAGCAGCUGUCUUAAAUGGGGAACGAGAUAAAAAUCUGUCCAGCUGUUCAGUGUGCUUAGUGCGAGUGUUCUCGAUCGAGUAAAAGUUAACUCAAAUUUGUAGGUAUGCAGUUGGAAGAGCGCCUCUAGCGGCAAAAGUUCGAAAUCCUUAUAAAUUUGAAUUAACUUUUAUCGAUCGAGAACGUUAAAAAACUCCCAUUAAGCACACAGUAUCAGUCAAAAACCCAUAGUUGUAGUGCAGCGAGUGGUAUGAUAUGAACAGUUAAUACACUUAAUAUUUAUGAAACAGCAGUUUUCAACGGAGUGAAGUGUGCUGAUUUAAAAAUUUUGGUUUACUUUUGGCGCCAGUGUGCUUAGUGCGAGCUUCUUAACGUUCUCGAUAGCGUAAAAGUUAAGCCAAUUUUGUAUGCAGUUGGAACAAUUUCCCUAGCGGCAAACGUACGCAAUUUUUUUUUUUUUUUUGGAGUUUACUCCUUUAGAAUCGAUUUACAUAUAUAGGCCCGGGGUAUGAAAAUUAUGGGGACCAAAAUCGUACUAGCAUGUCACACGAAAUGCGUUAUGCGCCUGAUUGGCUCCUGAUUGCGUGAUGCGUGCGCGCGCCAAUCAGGAGCCAACGCGCGGCCGCGUUAUCGCAGGUGACGCCGGGCUGCUGCGCCGGCAGUCCGCCACAAAGCCUCGUACUGAUCGCGCGUUUCUCUCAUUAUUGUAUUUUCAUAUAUUUGUUAGUCGUUUGUUUUGUGUCUCGUUAAUUUGUUAAUAAUCUGUAGUGUAUCGUGUUGUCGUAAUAUAGAACUAUUUCUCGUAUUGUUUCGUUUAAUUUUUUAUAUCCAGUAAACUCCAGUCGGACACACACACUUUUUUUUUUUUUUUUUUUUUUUCUACCUAAGCUGAGAGCCUUGAGAGGCUAUGUCAGCGUAACCCUAACUUUUGUAGGUGAGCUCACGGGGCUCAAACCUGAUGACGUUGCUAACACGAACCCUAGCAAGAGCCGUGCUUCGCAGAAUCUACCACCGGAUCGGAAACGCGACCCACUGAGAAGAUCCGGCGAGAAACUCAGUGGGCUGUGUCUGGGAGUUAAUUUACUCGUCGAGCCCUUCGUCGCAAGCGACGGGUUCGACGAGAACGGUGACCGGUGCUUGAAGUACCUAGAAGCACCGUUAGUGGAUCGGGAGGAUCCGAGAUGACGUGUUUUGGGCGACGUCGACUGCUUUCCAUACUGUCCGCAGGAUCGGGAAUGUAGUUACCGGCGGCCACGAUGAGAGGGUUCUCGUGUCGUGCCGCUUUAUCGAAGUGGCGCAUUGACGCCGACUGCAUAUACUUACUGGUGGACUCUAAGUCCAGGUCGUCAUGGAGGUCGACGUUCCUGACGAACCACGGGGCUCCGACGGCUAUCCUGCAAAAACGGGAUUGAAUGACUUGGAAUGAUUUUAAGUGUAUGCGGGCCGCGUGAGCGAACACUACACUUGCAUAGGUCAUGACGGGGCGUAUGCAAGUUUUGUAGAGUGUCACCUUAUUUCUAAGGGACAUUUUACUUCGCCUACAUAUCAUCGGGUAGAGACGUCCUAGAAUGAAGGCGGCACGGUCGCGUACCGCCUUGAUGUGGGGGCGGAAUGUCAUCCUACUGUCGAGGGUGACGCUUAAAUAUUUGACCUUCGGGGCCCACGGUAUGGGCUGGUCGAACAUCGUGAUUGGGCGAACGGCGGGGGCGGGGUUAUUGACGCGCCUAGUCGGGAGGGGGAUGCUCAGCGUGGUGUUCGGAGGGCGACCCCUUUUGAAGAGCACCGCUGUGCUUUUCGUGGGGUUGAUGUCGAUGCGCCACUUCCGGAACCACUGUCCCAUGAUGGUAGCUGCGGUCUGAAGUCGUCGAUGGAGCAACGCCUUCUUCCUACACGAGUAGUAGAUGGCGGUGUCAUCGGCGAAGAGCGCCAGAUGGGUCUCCGGAGACCGGGGUAUAUCGUUGAUAUACAAACUGAAUAGUAACGGGGAGAGGGCGGAGCCUUGCGGGACUCCGGCUGUGACGUGACGUACGCAAACGAUCCCAUUCCAUACAAAUAUGAGCUAACUUUUACCCUAUCGAGAACGUUAAAAAACUCGCACUACGCAUAUAGAUCUAAAAUAAUACCACUCAAUAAGGUGGCGCCACUCUAAUUGAUCGCUAUUUGAUAAACAUUUUUUCAUACGUAGAGAGCGUGUUUUUACAUACCCGACCCUGUGGACCGAAUGGUCGACGUCGCCCGAAACACCCGACCGUAGGUUUUGUUCUGUAAUUUUGGCUGUUAAACAUAGUUCAUACUCUUUCACAUAAGGCAUUAGAGCACUGAAGCAUUAGAGGAAUAUACCAAAAAGUCAAUGAAUGACAUUUAUGUCAUUGGUUACAUACUUUUGGAUGACAUUAUUAAAUAAUUAAUUGUAGAAAUUUAUCUGCAUCAGAAUCAUUCUGGCAGCUUCAAUCCGGACCUUUUGGUUUUAUCCUCGGUUUUUUUCAUUUCAAAAAGAGAAAUCAAAACAUGGCUGGUCACGGAGUUGAGGACGAUCCAAGCUUAAAGGGACUCAGCAGAUAUUUUAAUAGUCAAACAAACAGAGGACGCGCUAAUACAUCUAAAUUAACGAUGGGCCUUAUUGCAUUAUAUUUUGUGUAUUACAAGAUGUUCAAGGCAAAACCCAAAUCACAAAAGUAGAAACAAUUACUGGUGACUGUUUUUAAUUUUAGCGUAAAAGUUUUUGUCUCUUUUGCUUACUCUCGAAAUGUAACAAGACUAUCCUGCUGUCAAAAGUGUCAAAUUCUUCGCAACUUUAGAUCCAUUUUGCGGGUGUUGUGCAGUAAUUACAUAAUUUUUCAAAUCAGGAUGGCCGGAGACUCUUCUGUCGAUGAAUCCCAGCUCAAAGGCUUAGCAAAAUACUUCAACAGUCAGACAAACAGAGGAAGAUUAAAUGUAGGUUUUGAACAUUAUUUUAUUUGAAAUUGAUGCAGCAAAGGCAAACUACGAUUUGUAAGGUUAUGUUGAAUUCUAGUCUGAUUACUAUCUGUUAAACCUAGAAUCCCUUCAAAGUCCAGAAGUAUCUUAUUGAUUAGUAAUAUUAAUUUAAAAUUAUCUUGAACUUCUUGUAAUUCAUAAAAGUUUUAUUGAUUUUGUAAAGAAUUUUCUUUAAUAUGUUUGUAUAUCAGUUUCGAAAGCACUUAAUUUAAUCUAUUUCAGACGGCCAGAGCCACAUAUGCAGUAAUGGGAGCAGUCAUCCUUUACUUCACACUGAAACCUAAAUCCAAGAAAUGAAUUACAAGCAAAAUUUAUUAGCAUGUUUCUGUAAGGGAUUGUUAAGUUAUAUAGUACAUAAUUAAAAUCAUGUGAACAAA